CUCUCUGUUCUCUGUCUCCAUAGUCUCACGGCUAGUAUUGAUAUGCGGACGCUCGCAUAGUCAAGUUCAACUUCACGGCACUUGCCGGCCCUUAGGAGAUCUCUACCAGAGUUGAGCCGUGCCACAACUUUCAACCAGCCUGGAUGACUUGUCACCAUCUCACCGAGUAAAAAAGGAAACAGGCCCGUGGAGAUAGAAAUAGUGCCAUGAGGUGAUCCCUCCAUAACCAGAGUUCUCAAGCCCGUGUCAUUGGUUGGUAUGGGCUCCUGUGAAAAUAUGAGGGGCCGGUGGCGGCGAGGCAGUUCUGGAUCGUUGAUGUCCGGGAUUGGGUUAUUGCUCUUCAGUCUGGCCCAGUCUACAUCUGCCCAAGCACACUGUCCCAUAGGAGGAGGCCCGCGGGAUCUCACCCAGCCCAAGUAUCAAGGCGACAUGGCGGAGGACACCGGAGUGGGCUUUAUGUCCGCCAUAGUCCAGUCCUUCCUCAGCACAGUCCAACCUAACCACUUCCCUGAAGAUCUGAUCCUGAAAUUGGUGAGGGAUCUCGACCAGGUGCAGUCGGACCCAGACACCAUUAAAGCAGUCCUACAUUAUGAGAUAGGUUUCCUGGUGUGUCUAGCCAUAGGGAUCCUGUACAUUGUGCUGAUGCCGCUGGUGGGUUUCUUCCUGGCGUGCUGCCGCUGCUGUGGAAACUGCGGCGGGGAGAUGUACCAGAAGCAAACGUCUGGUGUCCACUGUCACAGGAGAGCCCUCUACUGGAGCGCCUUCAUCACCACGCUGAUCAUACUUGCGGGGAAUAUCUGCAUGUUCAGAAGUAACGAGGACUUCAGAGUCAACGUGAACCAAAGUGUCAUGGAGCUCAGCAACACUUUGGACAACCUCCAAACAUACCUCACUUCUGUGCCACAGCAAAUUGACCUUGUGGUGAAUGAGAGCUGCAGGACUGUUAAUGAGGUCGCCGGCAACCUAAAUGCCAUUGGCCCUCAGCUAGGGAAAGAGAUCCAGGUGGGCUUUCAAGGACCCCUGGACCCGGCCCUAGAUUCAGUUAGAAACGUAGACCAAGAGGUGAACGACACCAGCGAUCGGCUGGGGGAGCUGACCUCCUCUCUGGCCCGGCUGCAGUCCAGCGCAGACCUCCUCCAGGCCAAUCUCAGCACCGUCCGAAACAACAUCAACCAGACCCUCUCCAACCGAAGCUGUGUCGGCUGCUCCAGUCUAAAGGCCGAGCUGGGAGAACUGACUGUGGACGUUUCAGUCGCUAUACCUGGUCUGAGCUCGUUUCAGUCGGCUGUGGAGGACAUCAUAGAGGCUGAUCUCAAAUCUAAAAUUGAAGCGGGUGAGGACUACUACAACACCAUUCCCCAGCGAGUGACCAAUGACACCAAGGACGUAGUUCAGAGAACUAAAGUGCAGCUGGAGGACAUUAAAAGACAGAUGUCCCAGGUGUCUAGUGACCUUCCUCUCGCUGCUCUGACCAAUGUGUCGGACUCUCUGGUCCAGCUGGAGAGAGACAUCAGCACACACGUCCCAGAGGUCAAGAGAGCAGAAUAUAUCAGGUGGGCUGUGUGUGUAGUCCUGUGUUGCAUAGUGCUGGUGGUGGUGGUGUGUAACAUCCUGGGUCUCCUCCUGGGCCCUCUGGGAUUAAAACCCAAGGCAGACCCGACGGAGCGCUCCAGCACGGCCAACUGUGGAGGAACCUUCCUCAUGAUGAGUGCAGGCUUUAGCUUCCUGUUCUCGUGGUUGUUCAUGGUGGCGGUGGUGCUGCUUUUCCUGCUGGGAGGGAACGUCUACAUGCUGGUGUGUCAGCCUUGGCACAGUGGAGCGCUGCUAAAGUUCAUCGAUACUCCAGGACUGAUUCCAGAGUUUGAGCUCGGUCCAAUGUUGGGACUGAAAACCAACCUCACAUUCACUGAUAUUUACAGUGACUGUGAGCAGAACAGGCCUCUGUGGUCAACACUUCACCUCCAUGAGCUGGUAAAUCUUGAAGAACUGCUCAACGUGUCCAAAUACACAGAGGAGAUGAAGCAGCACUUUGAGAGUACAGAUAUCGUCCUGUCCUCUAUUACUCUGUUGAGCCCUGAGGUUCAGAACCGUCUCAGUAGCCUCUCCAGUGUGUCCAGACACGUAGACUUCAACACUGUCACACAGCAGAUAAACAACAUCUCCAGCAUCAAUUUCAACGCGACGGCACGACGGCUCGACCAGCUUGCUGACGUUCAACCCGACCGUGAAAUUCAGGCAGAGCUGCGAGCUGAGGCCGCGGACCUGAGACGGAUCCAGGCCAACAUGGACACCUCCAUUGUCCCACAAGUGCAAAAGCUGAACUCCACCAUACAGAGGCUUCGGGCCGUUGCAGAGAAAAUCAAUGGAACAGUGGGGGAGGUGCUGAGCAAAGUGGGAGCGGCACAAGACUUCCUGGACACAAACGCAACACAGAUCGUGAAGACUGAGAGCAGACAGUUCUUGGAUUGUCAGCUGGGGUACUUUACUGCAUACGCUGACUGGGCCAACAUGACGAUCACACGGCAGGUGGGACGCUGUGGUCCGGUGGCAAGAGCUGUGAAAUCGGCAGAGGUCGUCAUCUGCUCGUACAUGGUGGAGUCUCUGAAUGCCUUCUGGUUCAGUCUUGGCUGGUGUGUGAUGUUCUUCAUCCCCAGCAUCAUCCUCACUAUCAAGCUGGCCAAGUACUAUAGGAGGAUGGACAGCUCUGAUGUCUACAGCAACCACAUAGCCAUGAACCACAUCCCGCGGGCCCACAUCAGACCUUACUGAGGGCCGAUACCACUGAUCCUGCCAGCUUUUAUAGACUACACGUAGGUCCAUAUUUUUACCUGUCCACACAUGACAAGCUACUGCCCGGAUGUGGCUCAUCUUUAUCUUGGCAAACUGACUGAGACCUGGAACCUGAGGGGGACACGUGGAGGACAUGUGGUCGGUCCUCUGCUAUUUCAAGUUCUCACCUGAAGGUGGAGGAGAAACCGCGCCAUUUCAUAAACUACUGCAGUGAACACAUUACGUGGUACACAAGAGGACUGUGAACAUCUCUCAGGGGCGACACAGCACACAAGGGACUCUGCAGGGAUUUUCAACAGGAAAUAUCAAACCUACGCUUUGUCGUGUCUCCUGAAUGCUUUGUACAUUUCUUUAAUGGCAGCCAUUGUUUGGAAACAAUGUGAGUUGUUUGUAUUUCAUGCUGUUUUUUUGUAGGCUGGUUUGCAGCAUAUUUAAAGCCGGUGCCACAGCCUGUUGGACAGCCUGCAGGCGUGGUGGUGCUCGCCUGCCGCCGCCACCGCCGCACGCUCUCCUGCCAAACGGCAUUUGAAACGUGCCAGUUUCGGUCCAUUCACGACCGGGUUCGCUGGACUUUCUGAGGACAGUCCAGUGACCGAGGUUGCUGGACUGUCCUCAGAGACCAUACGCAAACUUGUCAGUUCAUUUUGGCAGGCACUUCUACAGCAAAAUAACACUUUUUUUGGUCUAAAUUUCACAGUUAAAUGAAAUGACAUUUCAUGUUGGUGUAGUAGUAGUAGUUGUUGUAGUAGUAAUAGUCGAUAGUAGUAGUCAACCUGUACAUUUCGGAGCAGCUGUUGUCACUGCUGUUUGCAUGAUGUGAAAAGCAGCUUACUUCUUUUUCUAAUAUUUUUUAUUUUCCCCAUAUUUUUUGUAAUAACUAGAGAUCCCAGCUGAGGGGGUCAGUAAUUCUGUGAUGAGUCAGUUUUGUACUUGACAUCAAACCGAGGUUCUGUUUGUGUUGCAGUGCACUUUAUACGGUACGGCCUUGUUACUCGCUGUGAUGCUGUGCGAACUACUGAUUAAAUUUGCUGCUGUUGUC